AGAUCCAUUUUGAUACCAACGGCCGCGUCAAGCGCGUCUGCCUCGAAUCAGUAGCAAAUCAGUAGCGUCACAAGUUACGGUGUGUUGUCAGUGAAUGUUUUGAUGUGUCAUAACGUCACACAAAAUGAAUAAUAUUUUUAUGUUAUUGUUAUUCUUUACUACAUUAAUAGAUUUUGGAUAUUGCACGCAAAGAUCUUUACGAUCAUGGCUGAAUCCUGACUGUGGCACAUUAUGUAAAGAGAGAAAUUUGACAACACUUUAUCUAAGAGCAGACGGUCCUAAUGACACUUUGCAUUAUUUAUGGGAUUUUGGUGGUAAUCCGUCCAUAUUAUUAGCACUUACUCCACCUUCAGCUUCCAUCAAUAUUAGUUGGGAAGAUUUUAUUGAAAAGAAGAAGAAUUCGAUACUGUUUUCAGAGAAACCUAUUUAUACUUUUGGAAUAGUUAUAAAUAAGAUUAUAGAAUUUAAUGAUUUAAAUGACACAGGAUUGGUAGAUAUUACUAAUAUUGUAAAUACAAACAUUUUGCACCCAAUGUUUUUCCAAUGGGAGCGUAAGGCUUUAUUAACUAACAACGAAUUUAUUACCUUGGAUAUGGAAGGCAGCUAUUACAAUGAUGCCAGUACAAAUAUCAGCAGACAUGGAACUUUGAAGCUUUCGUUGAAAGGAUUUUGUUCCCUCGAUCAUUCAGAAGUAAUGCCUCAUAUGCUGCAUUCAGAAAACUCCACUCAGGUUGAUAUUAUUCUUGAUAAUCUACAAACCAAUAAAAGCUUUCCCAACAGUAGAUUUGCUAUUGAGUUACUUGUAGUAGGCGAGGGAAAUCCUGAUAUACCUAUGUUUGUUAACCCCAAAAAAAGUUUAGACGAUGAACAUACUCCUGGUAUAUUUGAGGUUGUUGAAGUUAGAACUCCACCUUAUAGGAGUAUGAAUGAUUUCCUGACAGAAGGGGCUUAUUUACAGUGGAUACCAGUCUCUUAUACCUCUGUAUCGCGUAGUGUAACAAAUUCUACAGAAACAAUGCAGUAUCCACCAUGGAAAGUAGCUAAUCAUACAGUUGCUAUUCAGAAUUCUAUGUUAUAUUGUUAUUACGGAGAUAAGGUUAACGAUCUGCUUAUGCAAAGAAUCAUUGUAUCGUUAGGAACAAAAGGGGAUGGUUUUUAUAAGAAAACUUACUAUUCUACAUGGACAUUUUUAGUUGGUUAUGGUACACCACCCAAUGAAAAAUUCUCUUAUUUGGUGAUUAUGAUUAUUUCAAUCGGUCUUGGCCUUCCACUGCUCAUUCUAGUAGCAACUGGUUUAUACAUGUGUAUUCGAAAGUUACCCAAUAGAAGCAGCAAUACUUAUUUAAGUCAAUGAGAGAGCUUGUAGUUUCUAUAAAAAAUUGUGGCUAUUGGGUGUUUGCUAGGCAUACGAGCACAUUUAGUUGCAUUUACGAUACCACCAUUAAACUAUACAAAGAGAUUUUCCUAUAUUUAUAUAUAGCACUAUAUUUUUUACACAAAUUUUCAAGUCGGUUCGCAUACUGACUUGAAGUAAAUAUUAAUGCAACGCAUAAAGACUAUUCUGUACAAAUUUAUACACGGUUCAUUAAUAAAUUAAAAAUGACAAAUUGCGUGGCGUCUUUUGUCAUUUCGGAUUUUAAAUCCCUCGUUCGAGCGAGAGACGACGUGACGAAUGAAUAAAAUAAAUAAUAAAAAAAAAAUCUCGUCAAACUUAUUUCCACCGAAGGGUAGAAAGUUGCGCGCCGUUACA